AUGCCUUCCACAUUUCGGGCUUCGCGCUCAGGGCGACAUCUCGACGGCCCCAAUCGCACCCGAAACGGCCAAAUCGACCACGAUGUCUUUGAAGGAUUGCCAGUACGUCGCUGGUCGAAGCAGCCACAUACUUUCUCCCAAGCUCCCAAGCUCGAAGACUCCGAUUUCAGUGUCCAGGGCUCAGGCGGAGGGCCGACACUACCAGAGCUCCCAAUGCCAAGAGACAGCCAGCUUCUGCCUCCACUCAGUCGCGCCCUUCUGCGCGCGGCCCGGGCUGGAUGUGUCCAUAUUCGCCAAAGUGGUCGGGCUGCCGAUGAGGAAGAGAAGAGCGUAGCAGAUGCGGAGGACCCGAAUUCAGCCAAUGCCCACGCCGCCGAUCGAAGCUUCACUACUCGCAAAUGGCUGACGCUUCCUAAGCACCUGGAGCCAGCAGAGGUAGAAUUCUUGGCGAAGAGACGUCCUGGUCUUCCUUGCUUGUAUGGCGCUGCUGCUGGUGAUGCGGGUGCGCCGAUGCGCAGGACGAAAUUCAAGAAGACAGACCCUGAGACUGGCAAUAUCUCUAUAUACGAAGCCUGGGUACCUGAGGGUCAUCGCAUUGAGGGAGAGAUCACUGGCGAUGUGCAGGCGAUUGCUGCGCAGAGCGAGGUCCCUGUGAAGCCAGAGGCGCCUGCGCCUGGAACAGUCGUUGAGGGUGUAGGGAUUGUCAAUGCCGAGGGCGUUGUUGUUGCAGAGGCUGGCUCAGCGGCUGUUAUGACACCACCCAAGCGACGUCCUCCUCCCCCUAAGCGCAAGGGCAAGGGUAUUGGUAAGGGUCGCAAGAAGAAGGUCAUGUUCGCGCCAGGCGAGGGUGCCGAUGCCGCCACAGUACAUGGUAUGGGUGACGGUACUGGUGAUGGCCAGGGAGGAAGCCAGGAUGGUUCACGCAUGUCGAUGGAUCCGAACGGCCAAGAUGAUGAUGAGGAGGAUGGCGACGAGAGUGACGAGGGGGAUGAGGGUGAUGAGUCGAUGGUAGAUGCUAAGACUCCUGAGACCCCUCAGCCUCCGUCUGGUACGGAGUCUGUUGAUCAGCCUUCUAUUGAGACUCCCGCUGAGCAGUCAGUUGAUGUCGACAUGGCAGACGCUGGUCCCGACAACCAACAAUUUUCCUUAGAGCCAUCUACAUCUGUUGGGGCUGAGACUCCUUCGCAGCAGCAGGUUACCGAUUCUUCUCAGCCUGAAAAGGCACCCGAGACAGACGACAGUGCACUGGAUACCAGCGUACCUCCAAAGAUUGAGGCCGCUGAGUUGGAUCAGAAGCCUGCCGCACCAGAACAUAACGAUGCUACUCUCUCUUCUGCUGAAAUUGCUGCAGUUUCGAAUGCAGCUGCUGAGACUGACGCCUCAGAGCCCAGCAAAUCUGAGAUGGCAGAAGCAACGACUGACGUUGCGCCAAAGCAAGAGGAGCCUGAAGCCACAGGUCAACCUGAGGCUACAGCUGCUCCACAAUCUGAUGGUUCCGACAAACUUUCAGAACCAGUGCAACCUUCACUUUCGACCGAAGUCCCAGCCGAGACUGAAGAACCUCAACCCACCUCAAACGAGACCACCACCCAGCCUCACAUCGAACCCGCUUCAGCUGCCGCUGACGAUGACCAAAAAAAGGAAGCCGAUAUCCCCCAACCUAACCCAAGUCCGGCUGAAGCAAAGGACGUCGAAAUGAGCGAGACUCCAGCGGCGCCGGAGCAGAGCCCCGUGCCUGAAGGAACCCAAUCUCCUGCGAAGCCCAGAACACCCCUAUCGGAACCACCAGCCGAUGAGUCUCAGCCUCCUUCAUUUGAAGCGGAUUCUACCGCCGCAGAUGUAGCUCCCGCAGAAGAACAAACACUUGUGGCUGAGGAUAAAACAGAAGAUAAGGCAGAACAAGCGGAUCAGCCAGAAGCUGAGACUGCCGCUGCAGAACCCGAGCAGAGGGAUGACCAUCCUGGAGAGGUUACUAGGGAAGUUGAGCAGCCCUCGGAUUCAGUUCUUGAGGGUGCCCCUGCGGAGUCUUCGUAG